AACAAACCUAUGAUUUGACGUUUUCCCAGCGAAAUAGCGAAUCGCUCGUGAAGCGUAUUUGGCGUAUUCGUAUUCCUGUGAACAUGGCGCGUGGCAGCAGUGCUGGUUUUGACAGGCAUAUCACGAUAUUUUCGCCGGAAGGUCGGCUUUACCAAGUAGAAUAUGCUUUCAAAGCCAUCAACCAAGGCGGCCUAACGUCCGUAGCCGUCAAAGGGGUCGAGACGGCUGUUUUCGCGACACAGAAGAAAGUGCCUGACAAGCUACUCGAUGCCUCCAGUGUCACCCAUGUGUUUCAGCUGACCGAGUACAUCGGUUGCGUCAUGACUGGUAUGAUAGCCGACAGCAAGUCCCAAGUACAACGCGCGCGAUAUGAAGCGGCUCAUUUCAAAUAUAAAUAUGGUUACGAAAUACCUGUGGACGCUCUAUGCCAGCGUGUUGCCGACAUUAGUCAAGUAUAUACGCAGAAUGCAGAGAUGCGACCCCUUGGAUGUUCCAUGAUGCUUAUCGCGUAUGACAAAGAGAAAGGUCCAUGUAUUUACAAAGCAGAUCCGGCAGGAUAUUUCUGUGGUUAUAGAGCGAUUUCCGUCGGAGCAAAGCAAACGGAAGCUAACUCCUAUCUUGAAAAGAAAUUAAAGAAGAAACAAAAUUACGAUUUUGAUGAAACUAUACAACUAGCUAUUACUUGUCUGUCUACAGUCUUGUCUGUAGAUUUUAAACCAACUGAAAUUGAAGUGGGAGUUGUGUCAAAAGACAAUCCCAAAUUCCGUAUACUGACCGAGCAAGAGAUUGAUAAACAUUUAACCGCAAUUGCCGAAAAGGAUUAACAAUGUUGUAUACAAUUCAUAAGAAAUAAACUUGUCCUGCUUAAUA